AGUGACUUAUCAUUAGAUACAGGUCCAUGAGCAAACACUUACUCCGUGGUGCUGUGCAUUGAAGGGUUCAUUCACGGCCUGGUGUGGGUGAGAGAGGUUUGCAAACAUGGACCCUCUGGGGCUUGUAUCUCGUCUCAAUCGUGAAACUGUUCUCCAGGCUGUAGGGACAUCUGUCCUCCUGUACGUGGCAUACCGCGUUGUCAGUUUGCUGGUCUGGUAUUGGCGUCUUUUCAGUUUCUUCAACAAGUGUCAGGGCGUCAAGGACUUCUCCUGGAGGACCGGCAACCUGCAUUUGUACCCUAUGCAGUUUGAGAAGCGUGCUGAAGUGGAGAAGGAAUGGAUGAGGAGAUUCCCCAAGUACUACCGGAUUUGGGUAGGGCCCCUCAAUCCUAUCAUCAGGGUGUACCAUCCAGACUCUAUCAGAGCCAUCAUCAAGUCCACAGAGCCAAAGCAAAGGGGAUUUGGGGGCCAAUAUGAAGUAGUAGUGCCCUGGCUGGGGGAGGGUCUCCUAGUUGCCAGUGGGAAACGCUGGAGCCGUUCUCGCCGCCUCCUCACCCCCGCCUUCCACUUCGACAUCCUCAAACCCUACGUCGACGUCUCCAACAACGUCAUUGACAUCAUGAUGGACAAGAUUGACAAGCACGUGGAGGAAGGCACAAGCUUUGAGUUAUUCAACAUGAUCAGUCUGUGUACAUUUGACAUCCUGUUGAGGUGCGCCAUGUCUGUCGAGGAAAACAUACAGGAACAGGGGCAAACACACCCGUAUGUAAACGCAGUGAACGAUUUAGUCGCCCUGGGUACAAACCGAAUCCUCACCCCACUGCACUUCUUUGAUUUCAUCUUUUACAACUCGUCCGAGGGGAAGAAGUUUAAGAAGCAGUGUGACUUUGUACAUCGCUGGGCGGAAGACAUCAUCGACAAGAGGCGACAGACCUUGGAGAGAGAUGGACCCCCCAAGACCCGCUACCUCGACUUCUUGGACGUCCUGCUGAGUGCCCGAGAUGCUGAUGGCAAGGGCCUCACCCCGCUGGAGAUCAGGAAUGAAGUCGACACGUUCCUCUUUGAAGGUCAAGACACAACGACCAGUGGGAUAUCAUGGACGCUGUUCACCAUGGCCUCCAAACCCGAGUUCCAGACCCGGAUACAGAAGGAACUGGACACACUGCUGGACGGAAGAGAGUCCAAGCACAUCACCUGGGAUGACAUCCCCAAGAUGGAGUAUCUGACGCGAUGUCUGAAGGAAGGGUUGAGGUUCCACUCGCCCGUUCCGUUCGUCAGUCGGAAACUGGAGAAUCCUAUGGACAUUGACGGGAAGGUCUUUCCAAUAGGAACAGCCAUCUCAUUGGGCUUAUGGAAUAUUCAUCACAACCCGGAAGUGUGGGAGGACCCGGAUGUGUAUGAUCCUGAUCGGUUUCUGCCCGAGAACAUCCAGAAGAAGGACACCUACGCAUACAUCCCCUUCUCAGCUGGUCCACGAAACUGUAUCGGACAACAUUUUGCCCUGCACGAGCAAAAGGUCAUGCUUGGAAGAAUUCUUCAAAGAUACAAGUUAGAGGCAGAUAGAAGCCACACAGUCGGUCGAAGGGAUGCCGGCUUAAUGAAGUCGACUGAAGGACUGUGGGUGUUCGCCAAACACAGACACUGAACAUUCCAGUCCAAGGCGGACAUUCUGUUUCCAUGACUACGAUGAAACUGAUACUAAUGGACAUGAAUAUAUUGAACUUGAUUGUUUUGGAUUGAUCAUAAAUGUUUGCACUCUGUUUUAUGCUCUCAAUAAACACGAUAACAUGAU